GAAGGAGGGAAGGAGGGCCCGAUUUACCAAAUUUAGGAGUGUCGUGUGGUUUGGUGAAAUAGGAGUGAGAGGUCUUCAUUUCAAUCUGCAACGCAAGACUGAGCAAACCUCAAGCAAGAUGAAGAACUUCGUUAUCGCUUCGAUUGUCAUCUUGGUCUUUGUUGAUGUUUCCCUCAACUUGAAUUUUACGAUUGACGAAAAUGGAGCUCGACAGGGAAAAGCUUUCUCUCUUUUCCAGGUUGUCAGAUUCCAGAAUGGUCCUUGUCAAUCUGCGACAAGAAAUGGAACUUGUUACACUGCCUCGGAAUGUCAAGUGAGAAAUGGCGUAGCGUCGGGAACUUGUGCCGGUGGAUUUGGCGUGUGCUGUAUUUUUAUCUUGGGAUGUGGACAAACGACCAGAGACAAUUGUACAUAUUUGUCCCGCACGACCGUCAUGGCAGAGACCAAUUGCGCAUAUACCGUAUGCAAGACUUGUGACACUGUCUGUCGUAUCCGGUUUGACUUCAGGUCCUUUGAUUUGGCCCAACCCGUGUUAGGGUUAACUGAGACUGUUGCCACGAUGGCUGCUCUUUCCAAUAAUGGUGGUGCUAUUGGUGACUGCACAACCGACCGUUUUUCGAUCACAUCUCCUGGAAACGUGGCUCCUCCUCAAAUUUGUGGCUUCAACACUGGCCAACACAUGAUUGUGGAUGCUAGCGAUAGAUGCCAUGUAGCCUCUUUCAAUUUGGGACGAACCAGUUCUACUUAUGACAUCAAAGUCACCCAGUACCUUUGUGGACAAGAAAUGGGAGGCCCAGACGGAUGCUUGCAAUAUUUCACUGGAAACACCGGAACCAUAGCCAGUUACAACUUUCCUACCCAAUCUGCACUUGUUCCUUUGGGGACCACUCAUUUGUCAAACCAGUGCUACACGAUGUGUUUUCGACAAGAGAUGGGGAAAUGUGCCAUUUGCUACCAGGUGGCGACAAUGGGAGUGGUAGGAGUGGGACAGGGUUCGUUUGGAUUGAGUGCGACCCAAGAAGUCAUUGCCACUGGCGAGAACGAAAAAGAUUGCUCUAGUGACUAUCUCAUGAUUCCUGGAGCCCGAAGGGACUCACCAAUAUUGGGAUCACCUAUGUUUGUGGUUGGGGUGACCCCAGUGAUCACUGUUUUUAACAGCAGGAUAUGUGGACGCUUCUUCCAUUUGGCUCUUGUUCGUAACUCAAGAACAGAUAAUACAGAAUCAAUUUGUUCGUCACAGAAGCCGUUCCGAAUCUCUUUCAAAACGGAUGCAGAUGAGAAAACUCUCGCUGCCACAAACGAUGCGGAGCUUAAUGAGCAAUCUGUCGCCCCGGGUGGAAUUAUAGGUUUCAAUCUCAAUUGGGCGCUUCAAGAUUGCUGAAAUGCUCCCGACACUUGUCCAAAAAAUCCUUCUUUUUCACUUCAGACAAACCAUAUUUAAUUGAAACUGUGUUCUUAUCAUAUUGAUAUGUUUAGAAAUAAAGCAUGAAUGG